AUGCUGCAGACGGUUGAUGGGAGUGGUUCUGUAGAUGUUGCAGAGGUUGAAAGGACUGGUUCUGUAGAUGCUGCAGAGUUUGAUGGGAGUGGUUCUGUAGAUUCUGCAGAGGUUGACGGGAAUGGUUCUGUAGAUACUGCAGAGGUUGAUGGAACUUGUUCUGCACAUGCUGCAGAGGUUGAUGGGACUGGUUCUGUAGAUGCUGAAGAGGUUGAUGGGACUGGUCCUGUAGAUGCUGCAGAGGUUGGUGGGAUUGGUUCAGUAGGUGCUGCAGAGGUUGAUGGUACUGGUUCUAUGGAUGCUGCAGAGGUUGAUGGGACUGGUUCUGUAGGUGCUGCAGACGUUCAUGCGACUGGUUCUAUGGUUGCUACAGAAGUUGAUGGGAGUGGUUCUGUAGAUGCUGAAGAGAUGCUGCAGAGAUUGACGGGAAUGGUUCUGCAGAUGCUGCAGAGAUUGAUGGGACUGGUUCUGUAG